AUGAGCCGACCUUUCGUAAUGCUGGCGUGUCUCGCAUGCCUCGUAAACGUGUGUGUUUCGGUAAGUCUUUCCGAAACACCGGCAGACGUGCCGGAAAAUCCCGUCGAUGGUAUCGCGAGCCCCGAUGACGAUAGGCCCAAUUACAUGGCAUUCAACGAAAAUGCAUUCAACGAUAACGACCUUCCAUCGCCAGUUCCCUCACCGACCGAUGAUUCACGGACGGCAACGGGUGGCCACAGUACGGAUGGAUUAGCCCGUGGUCUGUACGGCUGGAGCGGAAUACCCCGAUGGCGCAUCAGCCCGGAGCUGCUGGAUGGACUGAGGGCAGCCCUUGAGGUGGAAAACGAGAUGUUCAUGCCGCACGGUGAGCAGCUAUGGCGGAUGGCGCAGAACGACGAGGAGGAGAACGGACGGGUCCAGCUUGGACGAAAUCUUCCCAAACGAGCACCGACAGGAUUUACGGGCAUGCGAGGACGACGAGUUCCUUCCGGAUUUAAUGGAAUGCGGGGCAAGAAGUCACUCUCUCUGUUCAGUUGGAACAAUCAAGCGUCACGCGGUGGUCCAAAUUCCUACCGAGAUGGCAAACGAGCUCCUUCCGGAUUUAUGGGAAUGCGUGGAAAGAAGAACUUUGACAAUUCACUGGACGAACGAUGGAGUUUGGACGAAUUGAACUCUGAUCGAAUGGCAAAAGAAUAUCCGAACUUUCUCGUACUCGAUCCCGCGUUUGGGCCCUCGAUGCACCUGAAUGCGGCACCUCCGAAAAGAGUUCCCAACGGGUUCAUGGGACUACGUGGGAAAUAA